AUGAAGAAUGUGUGCCGCUUCUUCCUUGAGGGGAAGUGUAAGUUUGGCUCGAAGUGUAAGUAUGAUCACGUCCGGUACACCUCUCUGGUGGAUCCUCCCCAAUGGAUUUACUCUUCAUACAGAGGGCUUGAUGUGAUGGAAAUUUCGCCGGAGGAAGUGCGAUUUGCAUUGAUGUGUGGGGAUAUGAAGGAGGUUCUUGAUAACUUCUGGAUAGGGAACUAUAUAGCCCUAUGUGGAGAGAUGGAUCUUCUUGAAAGCGAUGCUAGGAUUGAGUCGGUGUCAAAUAGAUAUGUGGACCUUAGAGAGAGUCCUGAUGUGUUUAUGGCGCCGUUUGAUGUAGAUAGGGUAUUGAGUACUAUAAGGCAAAUGAGAGAGCAAGGCGCACGAUCUUUGCAGAAGGGACAGGGAGAUGGAUCCAAAGGGGAUGGAAGCUGGGCUGGGGGAUUUUCCGGGCCUCCGCACCAAUAUCCUAUGAGCGCUAGGGGCGGCUACAAAGACAAAGGGAGUAAUUGGAAUCGGCAAGAGACUGGGCCUGGAAAUUCCUGGGGCCAGGGAAAUAAUAAGGCCCCAGGAGCUGGGUAUGGAAGUCAUAGAGGAGGGUACAAUGAAAGAGAGCCUCGAGGAUUUGCAAGGGAAUCACCCUAUUCAAAAGGAAAGGACAAUGAGUAUAGACAGAAAAACACGUGGGGAUAUGGGAGAAAUACAAACAGGAAGAAUUCAAAGCCCGAUGGAGAAUUUGAUAUACAAGAUGUUCCCUCCCCGUUCUCAGGGGCUUAUGGCAACGUAGCACCAAAAGGUGCAAGCGGGACGUGGAUGCACAAUGCUGAAACGCUGGGUGAUAGACAGAGCGUGGGUAGAGGCACGGGAGAUGAGGAGUUUAUUGAGGAGGACUUUGAAUAUGGGAAGGUUCCUUACAGUUAUAGAAAGCCUAACAAGUGA